UGUUAUGAUCGGUUUCUCUUUUUUCUUUUCUUUCCUCUUUGUAUUUUCCUCAUGGCAGUUCUUUGAGUAGCUGACGUUUCUUGUUGGAUAUUACAAAACUAGAAAAAGAAAAUGUCCAAAAGAAAAGCUCUCGAGGAGUCGGAUAAGCUGACACGAAUAGCUAUAGUUAAUGCAGAUAAGUGUAAGCCUAAAAGAUGCAGACAAGAAUGCAAAAAAUCCUGUCCUGUGGUUCGAAUGGGAAAACUUUGUAUUGAGGUAUCUCCUAAUAGCAAAAUCGCUUCUAUAUCUGAAGAACUCUGCAUUGGUUGUGGUAUUUGUGUGAAGAAAUGUCCUUUUGAGGCCAUCAAUAUUAUAAAUUUGCCAAGCAAUUUGCAGAAGGAAACAACUCAUAGAUAUGGCAAGAAUUCCUUCAAACUUCAUAGAUUACCCAUUCCACGUCCAGGAGAAGUACUAGGACUUGUAGGUACAAAUGGUAUAGGUAAAUCAACUGCUUUAAAAAUACUCGCUGGCAAGCAAAAACCUAACUUGGGUAAAUAUAUGGACCCACCUGACUGGACUGAGAUUCUAAGUCAUUUCAGAGGAAGUGAACUACAAAACUAUUUCACGAAAAUUUUAGAGGAUGAUUUAAAAGCAUUGAUAAAACCUCAGUAUGUUGAUCAAAUACCAAAAGCUAUCAAAGGUACUGUUGGCCAGCUCCUUGAUAGAAAAAAUGAGCGAGAAAAUGUAGAAGAAAUUUGUCAAAUGUUGGACCUUUCUAAUAUAAAGGAGAGAGAAAUUGGUGCUUUAUCUGGAGGAGAAUUGCAGAGAUUUGCAUGUGCUAUGGUUUGCAUUCAAAAUGGAGAUAUUUUCAUGUUUGAUGAACCAUCUUCGUACUUGGAUGUUAAACAACGUUUGAAAGCUGCCAGAACAAUUCGUUCCCUUUUACAUCCCAGCAAAUUCAUAAUUGUUGUCGAACAUGAUCUGAGUGUACUUGAUUACCUUUCUGAUUUUAUUUGUUGUCUUUAUGGUGUUCCUGGUGCCUAUGGAGUAGUUACCAUGCCUUUCUCAGUACGUGAAGGUAUCAACAUUUUUCUUGACGGUUUUGUACCAACAGAAAAUUUGCGUUUCCGUGAUGAAUCCUUAGUUUUCAAAGUGGCGGAGUCUGCUACUGAAGAAGAGGUGAAACGAAUGAAUCAUUAUGAGUAUCCCGCUAUGGUAAAGACUAUGGGUAACUUCCAGCUCACUGUUGUUAAGGGACAGUUUUCAGAUUCAGAAAUUCUUGUUUUACUUGGCGAAAAUGGCACAGGAAAAACUACGUUCAUAAGAAUGUUGGCUGGCAAUUUAGAAGCUGAUAGUGGUUCAGGUAAUUUGAUUUAUCUAACAUUAAAACAAGUCGAUUGGUACAUUCAAUUCUAUUUGGAUUUCUUCAAUGUCUCAUAUCAUGUGACACAUUUACACAUUCUGAUAGAUAUAUGUGCCACUUCAGUGUGUACACAUUUCAACUUGACAGUUUCAGUCUGCAGGUUUUUCAAAUUAUAUAUUGUAAGUAAAUCAAGAGUCCCUUCAAUAAGAAUUAUUCAUAUAUAUACUACUAGGUACAAACAAUAUGACGGUCCAUAUGCUGCUGACUUAUACAAGAACUUAUACAGGGUGUUUCCUAAAUAUGGUACGAAAUUUCAGAUGAUAAUUUGUUAGGACGUUUUGAGAAAAAAAGGUUUUAUAAACUUAUUUCUGAGAUGAAAGGUUGAAGUAUAAAAAAACAUUGUUUAUGGAACAUAAAUAUCUUCAACACACACGUUCAUUGCUAUAUAUUUUCCACAACUUCACGGAGGGAUGUACUGGUGCGCCAUGCAUGCUUUACAUCCACUGUGGACAUGACGCACUUUUCACAAGUCAACAAACAAGAAAACAAAAAUAGACCUAACUGAAGUAAAACAGUAUUUCAUUAACAAAAACUUAGGGAUAACACGAAAACACUAUAAAAACUAAUGUGUAUUCUGUAUUCUUUUGUUCAAAAUGACUUCCAACGCAUAAUCGUGGUGCAUCAGGACAUUUUGUACAAUAGUGUGCAUUAUCUUUUCUAAUUUUAUUUCUGCAACAAAUUUUUCGUAGUUUUCGCAUAAUCCUUCCGUUUUUAUUUCUAGUUUCAUUUUUCUUUGGUAAGUGAAUCAUAGUUGGUGUGCAGGUUUAGGAUUGUCCGAAGACGAUUCCACAUUACUAGGGAUGUAAGAACCCUCACUGUCACAAUCAUCAGAUUCGAAAUCAGUAUUUUCAAGAAUAAUAAAUAGUUUUCUUGUGUAUUUUAUUUUUCAAUUUGAAUUUUAUGCUUUUUCAACCUAGGGUACUUGUGUCAAACGUCAUGAUUGACUUUAAAAAAUUAAAUAACGAAUAACAUCAUUUUCAAACUAACCUUUCUAUACAUUCUCAGUUCUCUCUCAAUAACUGCUGAAAUAUUUCUGCUGGUUAUAUUUAACAGCAUGGAAAAUACAUCAAGGCCUUGGGCUCAAGGAUUGAAUAUGAAGUUUUUAGGGGUACACGUUGAUAAAGAACUAAAUUUUCAAUUUCAUGUUAGACAGUUAGGAUAAAUGAUUACCUCGGGAUGUUAUGCACUAUGUUAGUAAUCACAUAUUAAAAGGUAAGACCUCGUUAGCCCUUAGCUCGCACAAGUUUUGACUUCUGAGGGUUGUCAUUCUUAGGUGUGCGACAGCUGGUUAACGGAAAACAUAUUUUAAAACAUAUAUAGCUGCAAACGAAUUAGGUACAGGAACCUGCAAA